UUAUACCCAGUCAUAGCUUCCUCGCCCAGACUUUCCCAGCAUGUCGAUUUUCGUGCUCACCUCUUUCUUGUAAUGUCAUCAGAGGACAAGACUCUGGAGCCCUCUGACCAAGGACCGUCACCGCCCCCGAGCAGCACAGCGGCCACCCCAGCUGGGAGCCCGGCCACCACAGACAAGCGACCCAGGGGAAGACCUCGCAAGGAUGGUGUCGCGCCCACGCAGAAGUCCAAGAAAAAGUCUCGCAGUAGAGGGAAAGCAUCUGUCGAUGAUGAAGACAGCAUGGAUGGCGUUGAGACAGCAGAAAUGGAGAACUUUGUGGAGACGGAAGCAAAAGAGCCGCCAGCAGAAAGUGACGGCGUCCAGUCUGCAGAAAGCACGGGAGAGGAAAAGCCACCUUCCCCCGUUCUCCAGCGCUCCGCGUCGGAGGAGUCUGCAGGAUCUUCUGCCUUAGCUGCCGAUGAAGCCAAAAGCAGUGAACAGCUGUGUGCCUUCUGCUACUGUGGAGAACGGAGCCUUCUGGGGCAGGGUGAGCUGAAACUGUUCGUCCCCACGCCUGGCUACAUCCUGCAGCACGUCCGAAAAAAGAGGGAAAGCACCGACAUCGAUGGAGAUGGCGACAGAAGCCCCAAACACAGUACAACUGGACGGAGGCAGAGAGGGCAGAAGAAAGACCACUCUUCCAGUAGCAGUGCAUUGUCCUCGGGCUCUGGGAGUACUGAGGCUCCCUGUGAGGAGCAAGCCAGCAAGUACUGGGAGGAGCUCAGCCAGGUUGGCCUUCCUGACGACAUCGAUGUCGAGUCUUUAUUUGAUACUUCAGGACAAUGCUGGGCUCAUCAGUGCUGUGCUCUGUGGUCAGGAGGCGUGUGUCAGGAGCAGGGCCAUUUGCUGGUCAAUGUGGACAGAGCCAUUGACUCAGGGAGCACAGAGUACUGUGCAUACUGUAAGCGCCUUGGAGCAUCCAUCAAGUGCUGUGAAGAGAUGUGUCGGCACUCGUACCAUUACCCCUGUGCUGCUGCUGCAGGAACUUUUCAGGACAUCAGAAGCUGCACUCUCCUCUGCCCAGAACACAUCGAACUGGCCAUAGAAAGAUCCAAGGACGAAGUGAACUGCGCGGUGUGCGACAGCCCCGGAGAUCUCCAGGACCAGCUUUUCUGCACCAGCUGCGGGCAGCAUUACCACGGGAUGUGUCUGGACAUUGUGGUGACCCCCUUGAAGAGAGCAGGCUGGCAGUGUCCCGAGUGCAAGGUCUGCCAGACAUGCAAGUAA